UCGAAUUGGGUGUCUUCUGCUCGUCUUUCAACCUUGGAAAAGGCACGCGAAUUCUCUUUAUCAGAUGUCAGGAAACCAGAUGUUUUUUGUUUUUCGUGAAUGGUACAGGUGUUGAACUUCUUAACGAAUUGUAAUGGCUGAAGAUCUGAAGCGGCGCUUGCAUUUCGGCGAUCCUGGUCUGCGCUUGGGAGCUGCAGCCAAACUCUUCAGUCAAGUUGUGAAAGAGAAAGAGAAAAUUGUAGGGAAUAGUGGUCCCAUCAACAGUCAGACACCCCAGAUAACAGAGCUCAAGAUCCUGUGGGACCAGUGCACAGUCGAGUCCAACUCAGUGUCAGUCGCCUGCAGUGAGACCCUUGUCUCACUCGUCCGUGAUGGCCAUGCCGACUUUUCCUUUGUCAUGAAGGGCCUCCUCAAUGUCAUCCCAUCAGCUGUUAACUGCCUGGGAGCUGUCAGAGCACUCAGGCAACUGCUGCUUCUGGACAUGCAGGCCUGCAUCGCAAGCGAGGGGACUUAUCGCUGUCGGUUUGGGCUGAGGAAUCCUCCCCAUCCUUUCAUCUCGGCACUGACCAGCCGACCGGACUCUUGGCCUUUCAUCUUGCAGGAGGUAUCCAAACUUCUCAGCAUGACAGACGCGAGGUACUCUUGUUAUACUAUGGAUAUGCUGGCUCCAUUCCUGUCAUAUGUUUUAUUGAAUCCAACCAUACCACAUCAGCUGACCACCUUUAAGGUGUUACUGGCAGAAACGCUGCUCCAAGUUGCUUCAUCCACAAGUCCUGUUGCUGUUGAUGCUUGCACUUUUUUCCUGGAUUGCCUGCAUCAAAUUAAGAUCGACAGCUUACAUGAACUCAGCGAAGUCAAUUCCUAUCUCGUCAAAUUGGCGAGCAUUGCUCAGACUCACAAGGCGAACAACACAACUUUGCUGAAGUCACUGUCUGCGGUGGCUUUCUCCUUAUGCAAAGAGUGUGUGACACUCGGCCAUGACCUGACCCCUUGCCUGAAAGUCAUAGAUUCGGUGAUAGAGUCACACAGUGCCGAUCUGGUGGACGAGUCUGUGGUUUGUUUCCUGAGCUGGCUUACCCUGAAGGCGCUGCCUGACCAGCUCAGGGGACUACUGUGUGUGGCUCAGAAAGUUGUGACCGCUUGUGAACAUGAGGCGCAGGGCUGUGCAUCGAGCCUCAAGAUGUUGAUCCUUCCGCUGCUGUGGAUUGUAUCCACACCCAUUCAUGAGGAAAUCGCCAUGGAGAAGCAGGAAAGAUUGGCCAAUCAGAGACAAGCAUCGCAACUCCUAUCAAAUGUCAGCAGAAUCAUCCAACAGGCAAAGAGACCACAAGUUGGACAAAAGGCAAAGACGUUUUCCAGGCCAAGCCUGCAUGCGGGGUACCAGCUGAUGCAGAGCUGCGGUCAUCUCUCCCACACCCUCCUGAGUGACCCCACCGCUGCCCGUGACUGGCUGUCCAACCUGCAGUCAAAUUUGCCCUCUGUGGACAGCGUACCUGCUCUCGUUGUGCUGACAGUGUCGUCUCUAUUUUGGGAGCCAGAAGUUGAAGUGGCUCGAGCAUCACUGAAUGUAUUGAUUAACAUUGCCACGCAAGAUUGCUCCUGGGCUCCUAGCCUGGUGCCCUUGCUACUCUACAGACUCAGUCAGGAGCAUGAUCCUGUCAUGACCUUUGACCUGCUGUGCACCAUUCCCAAGACAGCGACCCAUAAAGUCUGCAUGACAGCAGUGAUCAGAGCGCUGCAGUCCCUGGCGGUAGGGGACACGACACUGACUCCGCUGGUGGUCAGACUGACUACGCAACUGUGGAAAUUGCAGGACAGGAGCUUUCCCCACCUUCAGAAACUGCUCUCCCAGUCAUCAUUCCUCCAAGGCAGGGAGGACCUCACCUACGAGCUGCUUCUAGCCAAGGCUGCUAGCAUCAGAGAUGUUUGUGAAUUGAGGCCUCAUCGUGGAGCAGACCUCCUGCCGAUGCUGUCCAAACUCUUGAAUGACUGUACCAGUGAUGGAGACGCUAGCAUAGCAGCAUUGGCCCUGGAUGCCUUGUACAUCUUAUGCCAGGCUGAGGUAGUGGACCUACGCACCAUGUGGGCUGUACUGUCACCCAAACUCACCAAAGAUGAAAGGCCCCUCGUAAUGCAAAACCUAUGCAAGCUUCUUGGAUCAGCGCCAGCAUUACUUGCAGACACACAGGACUGUGAGGACUUCUGCGAUGAAGUCGUGGAGCUCUUAUGGCAGUACAGUAACCAUGGCAACCCGGCCGUAUCUGCUGCUGCAUUCACCGCCUUGGCCAUUUUCCAGGAAGACGACUUCACGCUGGAUGACCUACCACCAGAGAUUGCCGAAGAGGAGAAAACAAAGAUUGAAGCCAUGAAGGCAAAACAGAAGGAGACAGAUUGCAAGGCGGGCAAGAUGAGAACAAAGGAAGAGGAAGAUGAGGAAGAAGGCGAAGCAAUCCCUCCAUCUUGCUAUAUCAAGCUUCUAAUGAGUAUUCAUGAGGAGGUCCUCCCAGCCUACCAAUUGUUCCUGUCUUCUCUGCUGGUGGAAGAGGUGAAGAACCUGCCCAGAGGGGUUCACAAGUCUGCCAUCCAGAGGCAACAAACUGUAAACAGGGGAAAGACGUUGGACAACGUACCAUCCCUGCUCCUGAAUCGCUUUGAAAGGAUCAAGCAGCCGGGACUCAAACCAGGAUUGGCAGUUGGCCUGUUGUGCUCUUUUGAGCCAAAGAAAGAGACAAGUCAGCAAGCUGACAAACCAGGGCGACGCCACGUUAUCAAUAAGGGCAGAGCCUACCAACACAUGAUCAACACUCUCAUGAACGAGCUGUGUGUUGACUCCACUGAUUGGUUUGAGCUGAUGCAGUUACCUCAUGCGUGGAUGUCGCUGAUGCAGAAUGCUCUGCAGGCUCUCAUUCAGAGCCGUUGUGCCGAGCUUGAACUUCAGAGGAGUCAUGGUCACCUGGACGAGAGCCAAGCAGACUUCCAAGUCAAGAUGGACACGGCCUGGCUGUGGGUACGGGACAAACUGACUGACCAGAUCAAGACAGCAGCCAAAAGCAACCCCUCAGCUCAGAGUAACUCCGUUCUGGCCUUGGCCGGUUUGGCCGUGGUCUCUACUCGUCACUUCCUGGCCUUGGAUAACGAUGGCGACGAUGAGGCGAGAUUAGCCCACCAGUCUUCAAUGCAACACACCGGUCAGAAUCACUGGCUGGGCGUGGUCAUUGAUACACUGCUGUGCCUCCUAGGUGUCAAGCUGCGGGCGGGUGUGAAGAUAUUCACCUGGUACCAACAGCACUCUGGUGAUUUGGGGGCCAGUUUGCCCUCUACCGUCCAGGGCAAUUCGGCCCUAGCCCUGUCCCUUCUGGCACCCUUCCUGCUGACCACGGACACCCAGCAACUGCACCGCAUCAUGGAUGUGCUGAUAGAUGGGUUGCCGGGGCAACCAAGAGCUCACCAGUCGCAGGCUAGACUGAUGCACCAUGGGCUUGCUUUGGGAAUGUUGACUGCAAGACUAUACGAGGAUCAUUACCUGGACUACACUGGAAGUGAGGGGGAGGUUAAAAUGAUUCGAUUAGUUGAUGCUCUGGAGUCAACGAGUCUAAACGCCGAGGACCAGACUACUUCCUGUGGACAGUUACUAGGGCUGGCCAUGGUUCUCUCUGCCAUGUCAACAGAGGGAGCCGUGCACACCAAGGCCCACGUGGCAAACAUGCAUCACAAGCUCUUAGCCAGGCUGGACGUGGAAGACAAGGAUACGUUGUUUGCUGAGGCUCUCUGCAUGUGCAUAGGAUGUGUGACGGCAGCUGGUUUCCAGUGUAACAUCAUCAGUCCUGGCGAAGCAUUUGAUGUCGCUGUUAAAUUGCAGACGCUGUGCCAACAGCAGGACCAGAAUGCUGGUAUUGCAGUCAGUACAGGAGUCAUGUUCCACUCUCUGGUCGGCAGCAGUCAUCCCUCAAUAUCACACCUGCUAGCCAACCUGUUCUCAACGUGGUCCACGUCUGUCACCAGUCAGGCAACUUCAGUGCAGCAGAAGAGAGCGGCUAUUUAUGGUCUGACAGGGCUUGUGACUGGCACAGGACUGGUGAUGCAAAGUGGCUCCCAGACUCAAAUGACAAGUGAUAUGCAUAACAAGAGGACAGCUGUUGCUAAGCAACUCAAUCAGCUUUUGACGGACUGGGCAGAUCCUGCCAUACAGAAUGCUGCGGCUUCUCUGCUUGGCUAUCUUCAUCUGGUCUCCUCCUCCUCGUCGGAAAGUAGCACAGGCACUCCGUCAUCCUACUCCUAUCUGUCCGAGACCAGCCUUCUACGCACUUGCAUCGACCAUCUAAUCCUGGCCAGCAAGAUGGGGCCAGAGCUCAUACCUGCAAGGAGGCUGGAGACACUGCUCACAGCACUAGCUGGUCGACAGGGUUCCAUGCUACCAUUACCUCCUGUCAAUUGGACAGCUGUACUGUCACCCAUCCUGAGACUUCCCUAUGGAGAGAAGGUGCAUGGCUUGUGCAUGGAGCUAGCCCUGUCCCAAUGUCAGCGUCCAUCCACUUCUCUGCUGUGUGUGACGGCCUGGCUGUCUCCUUCCAUCUUCUCAACACUCAAGGAGUCUUGUAAGACCAUCUUGUAUGGGGCCUUGCCUGCCUUGAUCAGAGCUGUGCCGGCUAACAAACUCAAGCCGUUUGUAGAGACAAACCUCAUGGAGCCAUUUCGCGUGGUAGGGGUUCACAUGCUUGACCAAUGUGAAGUCAUCGUGGACAGUCUGCUGGCCGCGCUAAGGAUACCAGACCCAGCACAUGGGAUUGUCAUCAUACUCCAUAAGGCAGUCAAGGACAUCUAUAGUCUGAUACCAGCAACUUUGCUGAAAGCUCAUAGUAGAGUCUUGGCCAAGUUGGCUCAAUGCCUGUGUCAUCUUCCUGGGGAGGACAUUGACACUGUCACUUCACCCCUGGCACAGAAUGGUCUGCUCAAAUCAACUUUUAUUCGAUCUUACAUUGUAUGUCAAGGCAAGCAGUCCCUUAUGUGGCUCAACCCCUGUGUUGACGUGGCCAUGAAUGUCGCAGACAGUUCACAGCGUAGCAGCCUGGUGGGGAUGCUGCUGGUAGCCCUGGCUCAAUGCGAUGCCAUCCCUAGUCAGCACACCGCACCCAUGCACAGGGUGCACUGGUUGCUGGAACUCAUGGGCCACACCCGAAAUGUCGCACAUGCCAAGACCCAGUUGGCUCCUAACAGACCAAUAUACAAGGCAGUUCAGAUCUUGCUGGAUGUCUUUGCCACGGCAGUCGUCGCCUGGUCGUCUAAAGACUUACACUUAAUCCUUGCCAUUGCUCCGAGCUGGCUGACUGCACAGCAUGGGGAGCAGGGAUCAAGGAAGGCAAGUACCAGUCGUGCCAGGUUUCGUCCGACGGAACAUUAUGCCAGUGAAGAUGUGUCAGAACUGUUGCCCUAUGGCUUACCACUGCUACUGAAGAGAGAGCCGUGGUCACAGAUAACAGAAAAGGUUUUGAAUUGGUUGCUGGACAUGUAUGAAGUUGAACAUGACACACAGCCAUCCAUCACAAAACUUCACUUGAAAGCAACUAUUUUGACCUUACGCCACACUCCAGCCUUCAAGAAACCAGCCAGUUGGACCAGGGUACACAUUCCUUAGUGCCCCAUCCUGAGCUUUCUAAAGAGAUGUCUUGUCCCCAUGUGGAACCAGAGGUGUUUAACAAUGACAGCAGCCAUGACUUUUAGAAAAACCCUGUUCUCUAAAGUUUAACGUUCAUGCUGUUUAUUGUCAACAAGUGUCAAACAUGUCAACACACCGGUAGCACCAACAAAAGCGUCAACAACUUGAAAAUACCCUUGACAAUUUUUGAAAAGGUUUUAUCAUAUUUUACAGACUCUAACAUCUGCCACUGUGUAAGAGAAACAGCAAAUUUGCUUGCAGAUUCUUGCAGGAAAAGAAACAGUUUUUGUGAUGUAUUGAGGUCGCCAUCUUUCUUUUCUCUGCCAUCCCCACAAAAAUGAUAGCAGCCGGUUGGGCUACUCGAGCAGGCCCCACCAGGCCCAACUUUGUCGCUCAAAUUGCCACACUCAACUAUCAUUUUAGAUAAAUGUAACACAUCGAAUAUGAUCUUUACGUGCAAAAAUUUGGUUGAGUAACUUUUUGACACUUUUUUGACGCUUGUUGAUGCUAAAUAGCAUGACCUCUCUUUAAUGCAUGCUUAAAAUGCCCGUAGACUACAUACACAGUUUUUCAUGUGUCUGAGAAGCCAGGCCAAAUGUGUCAAAAAUUGGAAUACAACAUUAAUUUUAUUUUUUAAAAUAGGGGCUUUUGCUAAGCAGAAGCUUAAUGGGUUCCGAGUCACAGUGCUGACUACACCAGAAAUGUUGUGCUCAAUACAUGUACAUGUACGUUUAACACUCGUGCAUGCAUGAAAUUAACCACUACCCCCUCUGAGAAGAGCCUGUUUACGCCACUCGUAACGUGGACUUUGUUGAAAGCAAAAUGCUUUAUUUAUAACAUGGAACGAGGGGAAAACAAAAAUUGAUGGAAAAAAACAAUACCACGUGAAAAGUGCAUAGCACUACAUGUUAAGGGUAACAAAGUUACUAAAGUCAACACAAUGCAUAAAAACUGAACAUCCAAAUAAAAUGGUUCAGAGUUUCUGCAGGAAUUUUUGGUGGAUUUUUCUUGAAUAGUACCCCCCCCACAAGAAUAGGGUUUUAGGAUGACAGAGUGGCCAGUUUGAAAAAUACUCUUUUGGCAAGGCUAAAAGUAAGGAAUUGCUAAACUUCGCAAAAAUGAGAUGGAAAUAAUACCAAUACUGAGGGAACAUACGUGGAAGCAACAUUUGAAAAAUAAUUUGGUGUGAAUGCCAACCAUCAGUAAGCUGGACAGGUGUUCUCCUGACAUGUCUUAUGAAGUACAAUUGGAGAUCACAGUGGGUUGAUAUUCAGGGU